AUGGAUGAAUACACAAACGAUUUUCCAUGGAUAUAUAGAAAUAGAAAGAAUGAAGAAUUGGGCCAUGCAUUAAUAACCAAAAUAGUUUAUACUCCUCAUUAUAAUUCUCAACCUAUAAUAAAUGGUAGUGGCCAUUAUUCAAUUAUAAAUCAACCAAUCCAACCUCAACAACAACAACCUCAAAAUUACUAUAGCAGUAUGAUUGUAUAA